CCAAUUAUAUUCAUCAUCUUCUCUUUCUCUUUUCCCCCCUCUCUCUCUCUCUCUCUCUCAAACAUGGAAGAAGAAGGGUACUGUAACACAAGACUUGGGCUUGGACUAGGAGGUGAAAACUAUGCGCCAUGGCCGCAGAAACAGAAGGAGAAGCCUGUGGUACGUCUAGACCUCUCAUUUACACUCUGCCCUGAUCAAGACGAUUCCAUGAAUAUAGAUCAUCAUGGCAAGGCAGAGGGGACAUGCUUCAAGUCUGAAGAAGAUGAGGAUUAUGGAAAUAAGAGAAGUGAUCAUUCCAUUGAUAAUAGCUGCAUGUAUGGUACUGGUAGAAAGAAACUCAGGCUUACAAAAGACCAAUCAAGCUACCUUGAGGAGAGCUUUCGAAGGCAUCCCACUCUUAAUCCGGCUAAGAAGCAUGCACUCGCUGAGCAAUUGAAUUUAAAGCCGAGACAAGUUGAAGUCUGGUUUCAAAACAGGAGGGCAAGGACCAAGCUGAAGCAAACAGAGGCAGACUGUGAACUCUUGAAGAAAUGUUGUGAAAGUUUGAGCAAUGAGAAUAGAAGAUUGAAGAGAGAAUUGCAAGAAUUAAGGUCACAAAAAACUGGACGGUCGUCGUCGUCGCACUCUCAGCUUGCAAAGGAUUUGGGUACAAUUACAAAGUGUCCUUCAUGUGAGGAAAGCACCACAACUGAUCAGAACAAAAUGUAGCCGUUUUUGACAUGGUCCAUAAGAGCGAGCUAGCUAGCUAGCUAGCAAGCAAGCAAGCAAUAAUUUUAAUUAAUUGUAAAGCGGCUAUCGAUCAUGGUAGUACAAAAUUAAUGAUUCUAGUAGGUUUAUAGCUUUAUGUAAAUCAAUAAUUAUUAUUAUUAUUAUUAGUCAGACUAUAAAAUACCAAAUAAUUUGAAGUGAUGAAUAAUUCAACAGGGGAUCCGAGGGUGUGCCCCAAGUCUUGUACCGAAUAGAAAAGAGAGCUCGUGGUAGAAUAAAUUAACAAUUUGUUUGUGGAAUUUUAGUGGAAUUCUAUGGGAAUGUCAUUCGAUAUCCUUCUACAUGGGUUCAUUUUGACCAA